UCUAGGCCGCGUAACCCCACUCCUCGUCCGGUCGUCCCUUCCCUGCGCGCGGGAGCAAUUUCCAGUUCGGGCGCAAGGGUAGCUGGUAAGGCUGUAUGUAACUGUUAAAGCCGCUCUGAGUCGCUGUUUGAAAAACUAACUUUCCUCUGGGCUAAAGGAUCGACCUCUCUGCCAAACGAAUAGUGUCAUGAUAGUGGUUUAUUAGUUUCCAGGUCUCUUUUACUGCACAUAAGUAAUGGCGUAUUGGUGCCGAAUCGGGCAAUCUAAGUUGAAAAUCUUGUCCACCCAAUUUCGAAGAUGUUACAUUCAACUCCCCAGCGCAUCUUUAUUGAAUUCCAUCACGCAUCGGAAUACCCGCGUUUCUGAGAGACCAAGCUGGAUUUUUCGAAGUAGAUCCACUGAUGUUUAUAAUAACGCAAGGUUUUUCGCUGCCCCUGCUCAGUCGAAGACGAAGAUGGACAACAGUGAGCCGCGAAUAAAUGAAGAAAUUACUGCGCAGUUUAUCAGGCUUGUAGUUGAUGAUGAACAUUCAAUAGUUUCUAGGCUUGAAGCAUUACAACGCGCUAGGCGGCUCAAGCUUGAUUUGGUGGAGGUUCAGAAAAAUGGAAAACCGCCUGUCUGCAAAAUUAUGGACUACCACAAGGAAAAGUACAAACAACAAGAAAGGGAAAAGGAGCGGGCUAAAAGCAAGUCAGAGUUGAGUUUGAGAAAAGGGCCUGGCAAGGAAAUACGCUUUUCUGCCAAAGCAGAACUAAAAGACCUGAAGAUGAAAGCAGAUAUGGUUAGAAAAUUAAUGGAGAAGGGUUACCGGGUGAAGUGCAGGGCAUUAGGAGGAGCUGGAGAUCAGGACGUUGAAGGAAUAUUAUCGCGCUUUUCUGCUUUGUUAGAAGAUGUGUCUGUCGUGGAAAGUGGACCGCAUCUGGGGAAAAAAGAAGCUUAUGUGAUUGUCAGGCAUAUCAAAUUUGGGCUACCAAAGAAAGGUGGUGCCCGUGGGAAAAAGUUGCAAGAUGCGAUGAAUAACUCUGUUGAGGCUCAAGAGGCUAGCGACGUUGAUGAAGAUCCGAAUGAAAGUCCUGCUGAAUCAGGGUUUGAGACAGAGGAAGAAGUGCUUUCUGAUGGUUAUAAGCAUGUGUCACUUGUGAUGGACAGGGCUAACUCGGCUGAUACUGGAACAAAUGCUGUACACAAAGAAGGCUCACCAUCAAAACGUAAUUUAGAGCCUCCUGCUAUGGUUGAGAAUAGGUACAGACGAAAUAAUCAACCGUCUAUCACACAAGAGCAGCCAACGAUGACUGAGAAUAGAUACAAACGAAAUAAUUCCCCAUCUACCUCACAAGACCAUCCUGCUGUGACUGAGAACAGAUACAAACGACCGGAUUCUCGUAUGAAUAAUUUUCCAUCUACGGCACAACAGCCUUCAGUUGUGAUAGAGAAUAGGUACAAAAGAGCUGAUCCAAGAAUCAGUUUCCAACAAACGAUAUCACGGGACAAUUCUGUUUUGAAUAGCAGAGGACCUGAAGCAAGAGGCGCAUUCAGGUCACCACCCUCAGAUUUUAAUCAGAACAGGCAGGCCAUGCCCGGUUCUUGUGCUAAAACAGAAGCAUUCAAGCAAUCCAGAUCAAGAAACCCAAUGCCUCCUUUUGACGAUAUGGGCAGGGUGGAAUAACUCAUUCUAGCGCUUCUAACGCCCCAAGAUCUGGUUAUGGUAUUUGUGGUGCUAAUAAAAGCCUUGAUACGCCUGAUGCGUGAACAGGAAUGCAUGGGAAAAGAGAAGGUUCUCUUAUGAUUCUGCUCAACAUUGUAGCUCGAGUUCCUCAGCAACUUUGACAGGGUGUUGAGUAGAGAUGUGUGGUAGUCUCGGUAUGAUGCAUUAACGCUGGGGAUUCUGCAGUAGUGAGCUGAAUCAUGAUCCCCAACAGUUCAUCAAAGUCAAGCAAGAUAGGAUAGCAAAUGUAAUAGUGAUAAAAGCAAAUGAUAUUUAGGUCCAGUGAGUGUUCAACGAGGCCAGUAGCUUCAUUUGUUUUGUUUAAACAAUAAGGUUACUUAUUUAUAUUUCUUCGCAUUUGCUUGGAGCUGAACAGCCUUGGAGGCCCUUCCUUUUCCAUCCUUACUUGACCCUGGAAAAGGGGUUUUCCACUGGCUGCCCGAUAAAACCUGUCGUCUGAUUUUUGAAGCUUUCUCAUUUACAGAGACUUGAUUUAUGUGAGCACUCUAUGAUCUUAUCAGCUAAUUUCCGUA